CCUGGGGUUGCCCCCAAGAGCCAGCCCCACAGUUCACAGGGACGCCUUGCUUCGUUGGGUGACCCAUUUGUGCGCUCCUAUUUCUCCCCUUAGAUUGAGGGACAUGGCUCGCCCUGCGUCUCCCCCUCACCUCAGGGCCACCGCGCAAUGGGUCCCCCUCCCCCAUCCCAAGUUCCCAGGCCCAGCACUUUGUACGGAAGGCGGAGGUCCAAGAAUCCCGGAGUCGGUUGUUGCCUUGUGGUCUUGUACCCUUUGUGUUAUAAUUCUCUUAGUUUACCUCCUCUAACUCCCAAAUCUUUUAGGAUAUCUUAGAACGGUCCCAUUUGGUCCCUGUUAGUUGGAAAGCAUCUGGUGGCUUGAAUUUCUGACUCAUGAUUGUUACUGGAGUCUCUGUAAACAAACCGGCACUAGCGCUAUCACAUUCUCUCCGGGAUUUCCCCCUCUGCCCUGUGGCUUCUUGUUGAGAGGUUGUUUGGUUAUGGUUUAGCGUUGAAAAGAUUCAGGUUAUCCUUUUAAAUGACUUUACGUUUUAGUGGAGCUGGGAGAUUACUUGCCUGGCUUCUAAUCUUCAUGUUCGUUCAUUUUAUUUCCAUAUGCGUGUAGGUUAUUCAGUAAUUAGAAUUAGAUAAAUUAUUCUGCUUUUAAAUAGUUUUGAGAAGGCCUAAACAUACUGAAGUGUAUUCAUAAAUAUUUUUAUUAUGUUCAGUAGAAGACACACCUUUGCCAUGUAAAUUUUAACUUUUCUCAGUCCUUCAGUGAAUCGACAGACCUAUUUUCUCAGGAGCUCAACCUGGCCUUACUUCAGUGAUAAAAGGAGGAAAGGCUGGCUACAGCAAACAUCAUUCAAGAUGUCCAGCAAAGGGAGCAACACAGAUGGCAGAACAGACUUAGCUAAUGGAAGCCUGUCUAGCAGUCCAGAAGAGAUGUCUGGAGCUGAAGAGGGGAGGGAGACAUCCUCAGGCAUUGAAGUGGAGGCCUCAGACCUGAGUUUGAGUUUGACUGGGGAUGAUGGUGGCCCCAACCGCACCAGCACAGAAAGUCGAGGCACAGACACAGAGAGCUCAGGUGAAGAUAAGGACUCUGACAGCAUGGAGGACACUGGUCAUUACUCCAUUAAUGAUGAAAAUCGAGUCCAUGACCGCUCAGAGGAAGAGGAAGAGGAGGAAGAAGAGGAGGAAGAAGAGCAGCCUCGGCGCCGUGUACAGCGCAAGCGGGCUAACCGUGACCAGGACUCAUCAGAUGAUGAGCGGGCCCUAGAGGACUGGGUGUCCUCAGAAACAUCAGCUCUACCCCGACCUCGCUGGCAAGCCCUCCCUGCCCUUCGGGAGCGGGAGCUGGGUUCAAGUGCCCGCUUUGUCUAUGAGGCCUGUGGGGCAAGAGUCUUUGUGCAGCGUUUCCGCCUACAGCAUGGGCUUGAGGGCCAUACUGGUUGUGUCAAUACCCUGCACUUUAACCAGCGCGGCACCUGGCUGGCCAGUGGCAGCGAUGACCUGAAGGUGGUGGUGUGGGAUUGGGUGCGGCGGCAGCCAGUACUGGACUUUGAGAGUGGCCACAAAAGUAAUGUGUUCCAGGCCAAGUUUCUUCCUAACAGUGGUGAUUCCACUCUGGCCAUGUGUGCCCGUGAUGGGCAGGUUCGGGUAGCAGAACUGUCUGCUACACAGUGUUGCAAGAAUACAAAACGUGUGGCCCAGCACAAAGGAGCGUCCCACAAGUUGGCUCUGGAACCAGACUCUCCCUGUACAUUCUUAUCUGCAGGUGAAGAUGCAGUUGUUUUCACCAUUGACCUGAGACAAGACCGCCCAGCUUCGAAACUGGUGGUGACAAAAGAGAAAGAGAAGAAAGUGGGACUGUAUACGAUCUUUGUGAAUCCUGCCAAUACCCACCAGUUUGCAGUGGGUGGACGAGAUCAGUUUGUAAGGAUUUAUGACCAGAGGAAAAUUGAUGAGAAUGAGAACAAUGGAGUACUCAAGAAGUUCUGUCCUCAUCACCUGGUGAACAGUGAGUCCAAAGCAAACAUCACCUGUCUUGUGUACAGCCACGACGGCACAGAGCUCCUGGCCAGUUACAAUGAUGAAGACAUUUACCUCUUCAACUCCUCUCACAGUGAUGGGGCCCAGUAUGUUAAGAGAUACAAGGGCCACAGAAAUAAUGCCACAGUAAAAGGCGUCAAUUUCUAUGGCCCUAAGAGUGAGUUUGUGGUGAGCGGUAGUGACUGUGGGCACAUCUUCCUCUGGGAGAAAUCAUCCUGCCAGAUUAUUCAGUUCAUGGAGGGGGACAAGGGAGGCGUGGUAAACUGUCUUGAGCCCCACCCUCACCUACCUGUGCUGGCAACCAGUGGCCUAGACCAUGAUGUGAAGAUCUGGGCACCCACAGCUGAAGCUUCCACUGAGCUGACAGGGUUAAAAGAUGUGAUUAAGAAGAACAAGCGGGAGCGGGAUGAAGAUAGCUUGCACCACCCUGACCUGUUUGAUAGUCACAUGCUGUGGUUCCUUAUGCAUCACUUGAGACAGAGACGCCAUCACCGGCGCUGGCGAGAACCUGGGGUUGGGGCCACAGACGCGGACUCUGAUGAGUCUCCCAGCUCCUCAGACACAUCGGACGAGGAGGAGGGCCCUGACCGGGUGCAGUGCAUGCCAUCUUGAGGCCUCAUACCUAGGUGGGGCAGGCUGGGGCUGCCAAUCUGAUCCUGCCUGGGCAACCCUUUCCUGUCCCAGGUCCUACAUUCAGCAGAAACGCACUUUGGACUUUUUGCUUUAGAUAAAAGAAAGACAUCCCAGGAGAAGGACAAACCAGAGGAGUGAACCAACAGAGUACCUAGGAAUGGGAGUUGACCCCUGGAAUGGGGCUCCAUGGAGAGGUGCAUAGGACUCAGUAGAAAUGGCCUCUCCCCAAAGCCUCUUUUUGAGAGGAGAGGGAAGCCUAUUUUGUUAACUGGUUUGGGAUAGGGAAUGGGGUUUCUUUUUCUUUAAGCUCCCUUGUUUGUUGGGCAGGGGGGGUGGGUAGAACAACUGGCUAUUCAGUACCAAGGGGCCAGAGUGGAGGGCAAGAGUGCCACUCUCUCUUUGGUUUAGGUUUUUGACCUUUUCUUCCUUUGUUUUUUAAAAGUAUAUGACAGUUGGUUUUUCCCCCCCUCAGCAACCCCAUCCCAGAAUCCUAUUUUCCUGGGAAGUCCUUAAAGCCCCUAACCAUCCCACACUCUUCACUUUCCUAUCCACCUUAUUCAUUCUUUGUACUUAUCACAGUGUUUUGCACUUGAUUACAUAUCCUUCACUCUCUUCUCUUCAUCCCAUCACCCCCUAAUACGUCAGGUGAGGGAGGUUGGGGAGAGGUGGGAGAGGGGCAGACGUGAAGGAAGAAUAGGAAGGAUGUUACCUCUUCUGUUAUUUUUUUAAAAAACAUUGUUUGGUGGCAGCAAUCUCCCUGUCCCUAUCACUGUUAGAGGCCUAAUUUUAUAUCUAUAAAUAUAUUAAAAAGCAAGUCAAACUUGGAUGUAUCAAGGUAAAAUUAUUGUCAAAGUUUAAAUACCUAUAUAUUCUCUAUGAAUGCAAUAAAGGGACUUAAGAGUGAACAAGAGUAAUGGUGUGGAGGUGACACCUGGGGUCAGUUUACCUCUAUGUAUGGUCACUAGAGAUUGGGACUUACCCUUUAGGUUUUUGGAGGUUCGAGAAUGGAAAGAUCCUCAUUUCUACCCUUCCUCGUUCCCUGCUUUGGUGUGGGGGUUGGGAAAACCAGGAAAUUCCUCUCAGCUCUUUGCCUCAGAUCUCCUACCUCUCCUUAAGUCUUGUAGGGGGUUCCAAGGAUGGCUCUUCUAACCAGAGGCUGGCCUGUCUUUAAAACUUAAAAUACUUUAGGGUGGUGCCACCACUGCAGACUAUUGUACUUUGUGUGACAGAAGACACGUACACACACACCACACACAUACACAUACACACACUCUCUCUCUGUCUCUCUUACCUUUAGCUGCUUGAUCUUUAAACCAUCCAACUUGAUGCCAGUUCCCUUCUUCAUAGAAGAGUGAAGGGAAAGACUUCCUGGGUUUGACUUAAACCUUGUCCACCUCUUGAUAUUUUAGGAUUGAGGAACAAGUCAUUAAUCUAAGGACUGAUUACAGUGGCUGGAGCUUGGGCUCUUGUCUUAUCACUGGUCACUGAGUCUGAAAGUCCCAGCUGAAUUCUUGCCUUUAAGUGCUUUUGCUGCUAUUUUUUUGCCCCCAGUUUCCACAAGAUCCAAUCAAGAAUUCUGUAUCCUGGGACAGUCAGAUUCUACUAAAUCAGGCCAGGAAGGAGGGGAAAAGAGUGAGAGAAUGGUAUUCCCAGACACUUCUUCCUCCUGCCCCUUUUCCCAGCAGCUCUCAGACCAGAUGUUGGCUGCUGUACUUAUUCCGAGGUAGGGAAUGUGUGAUUGAGUGGUCUGUGUUCCUAUUGCUGGUGGGGUGAUAGGGUGGGCUAAAAACCAUGCACUCUGGAAUUUGUUGUAUUUUCUCCCAGUAAAGCUUUUCUUCCCCCUGA